UAGAGAAUCCCAAACCCAAACAACACAUAUUAAGGCUGAAUGAACCUGGAAGUCGGGAAAAAAUAAAGGGGUAAAAUCACAGUUGUCAACCUACUUGUAUGUCGUGGGUUGGUACAAUUGAAUUUAAUUGGCCCGGAUAUCAAACUAGCGGGAAGAAUAUCAGUAUAAAGCAAUAGUCAAAAUUAGAGGUGGCAAAUGGAUUGGAUUGGUGGAUUGGAUUGGUGGAUCCAUGGAUCAAAUGGAUUGGAUCUAAUGGAUUGGUGGAUUCAUGGAUUGGAUCAAGUGGAUUGGUGGAUUAUCCAUGAAUCCAAAUGACAUCCUCAACCAAGGACCAAUAUGUAAAAUGUAAAAAGUUUAGGUACUAAAAUGUCAUAAUGAAAAUUUUAGGUACCAAAACGUAAUUUUCCAAUGAUAUUUUUCGUAUAAAAAUUAAAUUUUAGGUACCAAAAUGUAAAAAAUAAAAAUUAUAGGUACUAAACCGUAAUUUGCCAAUGAUCCAUGGAUCCAAUCCAUGAAUCCACCAAUCCAAUUGGAUUUGGAUAAAAUGGAUUGGAUUUAAAUAGAUUGGAUUAGGUGGAUAUUUUUAAUGGAUUGAUGGAUUGGAUUGGUGGAUUGGAUUGAAAUUGCCACCUCUAGUCAAAAUCGAAAAACAUAGUGAUAUGGUUGAAAUAAUUCGGUGGAGUAAAUUAAAAAAAAAUCUUUUUAUUGUAUUCGAUUAUGGAUAUUAGAUGUUAAUGUUAUUUGUAGGAUUCAAAUAUAAACUUUUGAAUCUUGAAUUUAAAUAUGAUGAUUUGUCAUUUAAUUUAUAAUACGGUGUUAUUUAAAUAUGAAUAUAAAAUUAGUGGAAGACUGUCCUGAAGUAUCCUCACAAGUAUUGUUACAACUGACAUAAAUAAUUUAGUAUUUAAAUUUUAAACUAGUUGUACCUCGAUCAGACAAUACCACUUACUAAAUCGAACCGGUUUUAAUAAAACAUACCUAACUACCUAAGCGAGAAGACGAUAUGAGAGCCGCUUGUCUCGCAAACCACCGCGAACAGAAAAUAAACAUGGCUACUCUGUUCAAGUACUACAAACCCCUCUGCUCCUCUAUCCGAUUCACCUCGCCGUUCACAAUCCCACCGUUCCGUUAUGCUCCUAACCGCACUCGUCCUCCCCGGACCGUUCCGGUCACCGGAAAGAGAAGGCAAUUCUUUUCCUUCUUCAGUUCGCUCACUUCAUCCCUUCCGGUACUCAACGAGAACAACUCCGGUCCAACCAGUGGCAACGGCGCAGCGAGUCCUCCAUCGGAGCUGUGGCUUUACAACACAAUGACGAGGAAAAAAGAGUUGUUCAAGUCGAAAUUGGACGGUAAAGUUGGAAUGUACGUCUGCGGCGUCACCGCCUACGAUCUCAGCCAUAUCGGCCAUGCCCGGGUUUAUGUCACCUUCGAUGUGCUCUACAGAUAUCUAAGGCAUUUGGGAUAUGAUGUCUCGUAUGUUCGCAAUUUCACGGAUGUUGAUGAUAAGAUAAUUGCACGAGCGAAUGAAGUGGGGGAGGAUCCAAUCAGUUUGAGUAGAAGAUACUGUGAGGAAUUCCACCAGGAUAUGGUUUCUCUUCAUUGUCUGCCUCCUUCAGUUGAGCCCCGUGUAUCAGAUCACAUGCCUCAAAUUGUUGACAUGAUCAAUAAGAUUCUUGAUAAUGGGUGUGCCUACAAAAUUGAUGGAGACGUCUACUUCUCUGUGGACAAGUUCCCACAGUAUGGACGUUUAUCUGGAAGAAAAUUAGAAGAUAACCGAGCAGGUGAGCGGGUAGCUGUUGACACAAGAAAAAGGAAUCCUGCUGAUUUUGCUUUGUGGAAGUCCACGAAAGAGGGUGAGCCGUCUUGGCAGAGUCCUUGGGGGCCUGGAAGACCUGGAUGGCAUAUUGAGUGCAGUGCCAUGAGUGCUACUUAUCUAGGUCAUUCCUUCGACAUACACGGUGGAGGAAUGGAUCUUGUUUUUCCUCACCAUGAAAAUGAGAUUGCUCAGAGUUGUGCUGCUUGUGGAGAUAGUAAUAUAAGCUAUUGGGUGCACAAUGGAUUCGUCACAAUCGAUUCAGAGAAAAUGUCAAAGUCUCUAGGAAAUUUUUUCACAAUUAGGCAGGUUAUAGAUCUAUACCAUCCCUUAGCAGUGAGGCUUUUCUUGUUGGGUACCCACUACAGAUCUCCAAUAAAUUAUUCCGAUGCACUGCUUGAGAAUGCUUCUGACCGUAUCUUUUACAUUUAUCAGACAUUAUAUGAUUGUGAGAAUGUAAUCGGAGAGCUAGAUGCAGGUUUCGAGGACAGUGCAGUUCCUCCUGAUACGAUGAAUUGCAUAGUGAAAUUCAAUGAUGUGUUUGCAGCCUCAAUGUCUGAUGAUCUCCAUACCCCUGUUGUUUUAGCUGCUAUAUCUGACCCAUUGAAAAUCAUCAACGAUAUGCUGCACACGCGCAAGGGAAAGAAGCAAGCAAAGAGAAUAGAAUCACUCUCCGCACUAGGAAAGAUAGUCCAGAAAGUUCUAACCAUCCUGGGGCUGAUGCCAACAACUUAUUCAGAAGUUCUUCAGCAGUUAAAGGAAAAGGCAUUGAGGCGUGCCAAGUUAACAGAAGACCAGGUUAUUCAGAAGAUUCACGAAAGGACUGAAGCAAGAAAGAACAAAGACUAUGAAAAAUCAGAUGCCAUCAGAAAAGAGUUAUCUACUGUUGGAAUUGCUCUUAUGGAUAAUCCAGAUGGGACUAACUGGAGACCGGCUGUCCCACUCGCCUUGCAAGAGCUGGAAAUUGGCACACCUUGAUGUUUCCUUCUCUGUAUUGAACUCUUAAAGAUUAACUACACAUCUUCUUGAUUCCGAUUAGGUAUUCUUUCUCCUCCAAUUUAUGCAUCCUUUUUUUAGUUGUCUUCAUCAUAAGACUUGGGAAAGUUCUUCCAGGCUUUGAAUUGACAUUUCAGGAAGAGAUACAACUGUUAAACAGAGCAAUUUCAGUCUUAUUCAACUAACCAAUCUAUCUGUUUUCUCCUUUUUACUUACAGGCUGGAACGGUUACAUUGGCAAUGUGAGCAAACACAAUAGAGAAAGGUGCAAUGGUUAUUGGGUCCGAAAGUCUGGCCUGAACCGGUUCCAGAGGAGGUAUAGAUCCAGAUGUAUUAUUCACAGCAAGUACUUUCCCAUUCAAAAGUACUGUCUGACUGUGUAAAUCAUUACCAUUAGCGGUCAAGUGAUAUUCCUCUCUUACUUGUGCAUUAGCUUUGGAACCUCUCGACAUCCUAGCGAAUUUUGAUCUUCGAUUUUGGUGGUGUCGCCGAGCUGUCCGAAAAGUGAUGGCAUUUUCAGUCGAAACACGCACAUUGGCUGUCGUAUUACUGUCGAGGUUGAUCAAAAGUAAUGUAAUUCCUUGCUGCAUUCAUAUAAUUCCAGUAUAAACUAGUCAGCUUGAU